CCCCUCGACCCUCGGCAAGGGGGUCGGCAAAGCCGGAAUAUACAUACAAAAGAGGGAUAGUAGGAUGACAGGGAUAUCCGGGCACGCCGGGACGCGGCUACCGCCGGAAUAGUACCCUGUCCGACCUCAUGGAUAUUCAGCAGAUUGAUGCCGGGGAACCAAGUUGCAGAUGACAAUCCUGGCGUCAUUUGAGCGUCCCCAUGGGGACGGGAGCAACCACUACGUAGGUUAAGUUACGUGCUACGUAUGAAGUAGUCGUAGUCUACUAUGAACUUACCUACCAGUAAGCGGGGUAGCAUUAGAAAGCAAGCCAUCUCUUCCAUGAUUUCUCCUCGAUCACAGCGAAGCUGGGCCAAACACUCAUCUUCCCGCCACAAGAGACACACGAACCACAACCAAUGCCAUGUCAAACGUGCAGAUGCCCCAGAGUCCACUCUCUGAUGAUGGCGAAACGAGGGCUACAGUUACAUCGCCCACAAACGCCAACGCAAAACGCCGGACAAAAUCCAGCCAAGCGUGCGACCGGUGCCGAGCGAAGAAGAUCAAAUGCAAUGGGGCCCGACCAUGCAAAAUCUGCCUCAACAAGUCCAUUCCUUGUUCUUACGAAACCAUGACGCGAAGAACCCGCGGGUCCGCUAAGGAACGGGCAAGGCUGUUGCAGGCGCAGCUAGAUCAUGCCCAGAUGUUGCUGAGAUCUGCUGGAGUUCUUGACCAAUCUCUUCCAACGCCGACUUCGCAGCUGCAGGAGAACACCCAAACCUGUAUCGACGUCCUGCGUGGAGCCGCGAGCCUUCCCUCGGCCCCGCCGGUUCUGCCUCGCUACUCGCACACCUCUCACGAUAACAGCGACGACUGCCUUGCCAAUGACCGACAUCCCACCAAACAAUCAUCCUAUCAAGAUGAGGCUGAUGCCAGCUCUGCCUCGUGUCUAUUCUCGUCGCAACUUUCUCUGGACACGCAGUCGGCUCAGAUGAACCCGGUGUUGCGCGAUCGCAUCACCUCCGAUGUGCUGCCAAAUGCAUCCCCAGAUACGAGAAGAGAAGCAUUCAGAAGUGUGGGGUGCGCCACAAAUUCGUCGCAUGAACAAGACCCCCUGGAUAGUCUCAUUCAAUAUCCUGGUGGCAUUGGCUCUGGUGGUUAUGCGCUAUGCCACGAUAAUGGACACAUCCCAGAAGCGGAUGAGCCACAUGGCCAGAACGAGCACCACGGACCUACCUCUUUCCUCUCGAUUUGUGUCAACCCUGGGGUCGAAUGGAUAGCAAACAAAAUUGGACAUUCCAACUUUGCCAGCAGCGCUAAAACCCUCAUGUCGUCGAUUGGAGGAAGAGUGAAACUCAACAAGCGUUUGAGUAAAGAGAGAAUCGAAGAUCCCGAUGCCAAAACAGCAUGGAGGUACACCCGAGCAUAUUUUGAAGAGUUUGCCAUGUCGACGUCUUAUAUCAUCAUCCGACAAUCAUUUGAAACACAGCUGAUAAGACAUAUCAAUAACCCAUCCGCCAGCCAAGAAGACAGUUCCAAAUCGUGGCAGUACUUUGAAAACGCUUUGCAUGUUGAAACGGAUCUCAUCCAUGGGGGAUAUGGCUUGUCAGCAAUCCAGGCACUGUUGGCAAUGUCUAUCUUUUCCGAAGGAGGAUCCUGCCAGAAACUGGAAUACAUGCUCGUUGGGUGCGCCUUGCGCUUGGCUCAAUCUCAAGCGCUGCACUUGUGUUCCAAGACAUCGAGUAUUUCUAACGAAGAGGAUACAAAACGAAGUUGGUUGUUCUGGUCACUUUACUGUUUCGAAAAACACCUCGCAUUGCGCUCCGGGCGCCCGUCAGGUAUUAAUGACGACGACAUCAGCUGCGAGAUUCCUUCGCAGGCUCCUGAUGGGAACUUGCAUAAGCUUGAGUGGUUCCUAUAUGCCAUACGCCUGGCAAAAAUAUCAUCAUCCAUCAUCCAAAACUUCUCUACGGUGAGGGCCCGCCAGCAACCUCUGAGAGACGUGGCCAAGUUUGUAGAGGAACAUGAUCAAGAGUUACGACGGUGGUACGAAGAUGUACCCGAGCUUUAUAAGCAAAACCCUUCCGUAAAGACCAUAGGGUUGCCCAGUGGCAUUCUCGAUGAGCAUCUCCAUUACUUCCGUCUCUCGUACCACGGGUAUCUAGCUGUCGUUCACUGCGUCUUUGGUCAUCCUUGGAACAUUCCAGCCCCAAUAGAAGACCAAGAUGAAGCAGUUCGUGAGAGAGUAGCAAGUAGCCUCAUAGCCCUGGCCGACUCUUCGAGAGAUAUUAUCCUCGCUACAAGAUCGAUAAAAGUGAGCUCAAUGGCGCCAGCUUGGCUUCUCUUCUGCUACCCCUUGAUAGGCAUGAUGAACAUGUUUAUUUGCAUACUCCAUUCGCCAGGAUCCGAGCAUACGUCAAGAGAUCUUAGUUUAUUGGAGAUGGUGGCUGGCUAUUUCGGAUACCUAGAUUAUGCUAGUGACGGGGCAAUAUCGUUCUCCUUCACAUCGAGCCUUAGGACCUGGGCUCGACAGGUAGUUUCGAGUGCAAAUGCGCACCAAGAAAGCCUGCUGGCUUCAAACCCACUUCCUGCCUCGGCCCAACAGAUGGAAUACGGGGGUCUUGAUUUCUUCAACGAGAUAAGCGAUUUCACUAUUGACCAAAUGGCCCUUGAAGACUGGCCGAGUUUCUUGCCACAUUUACCAUAGACUGGUUCAUAAUGCUUAUAGAAACUGGAACCAUCAAUUUUCUGAUCUAGUAAGAGUAUUGAGUUUCACUUGACUUCUCUAACAGUCACCUCAAUGAUCACUCCUAUGGGUUUGCUAUGGAUCCUGAAGGUGUUACUUUCUUCCCAGACACGAUUUACUUGACUGAUAGCUCUAUUUUCUUCCCGUUAACUAUAUAUGGAUUUCAUCAACCUGGAAAAUGAACUUUGGUGUGUGGCGUGUGCUCAGAGCAGAGUGGAUAGCUGUUUUCGUGGGUGCGAUGAUAUUUGGCCUCAGAGUAGCUAAAUUUCCCCUCAUCUAGACAAAUAGCAG